AUGUGCUACAAUGGAGGAGUGUGUGAUGAUAAGACAGGAUAUUGCAUCUGCCCACCAGGAUUCAGUGGAGCAAACUGCUUCACAGAACCAGAUCCAUUCGGCAUCAGCUGCAUCAACGGUUAUAGUGGAUUAACAUGCAGCGAUGUUUGUACAUCGGGGCGAUUUGGUGCUGGGUGUGAACAGGAAUGUCACUGUCUUUUGCCCGACUUGGACUGUGACCGAUAUACAGGAGUGUGCCACGUCGGUGGCUGCGCGGACGGCUGGUCUGGUGCAAACUGUCAAAUUCCAGAUAUCUGCCAGGUUGGUUAUUAUGGUAGUAACUGCCUGAGGAAAUGUCAUUGUCUAGGCGAUGCAGCAUGUGACAAGUACACCGGGUACUGCAGCGUAGGAUGCGCCCCAGGAUUCAUCUGUGUGUCACGGCAAUGUGAGGCUGGUUACUUUGGUGAAGACUGCAGUACGGAUUGUCACUGUCUGGAUGACGCAGCAUGUGAUGGUAUCACUGGAUCAUGUCCAAGCGGUCGGUGCCUCGGUGACCAAUUUCAGACGGAUGGGACUGGAAUUUGCAAGUUUGUUCUACCUGUUCUUAGCCAGUCCCCUGACGUAAGUGUGAACUAUACUUCAGCUGUUGUCACCUGGAAACCGUGGGGUUCUCAUCCCAUGGACUCUGGAGAUGGGCCGAUCAUGGGGUAUAAAAUCUACCACUCCAACUACUCCAGUAGUUCUUCGACUCGGGCUGACUACCUUGCAGUGAUUUCCGAGACUCCAAGCUCAUUCCGCUUCGAGAUCGAAUCACUGCAACAGUUGUCCGUGUAUAACUUCAGUGUGGCUGCGGUGCGUGAGGGGGAAGGAGGGGAAGGCCCGAGGAGCCCUGUCACAACAAUCAGGACGCAACCUCGAGCAUCACAUACUGAUUUCUUGGAUACAAAGGACUCUCUACAUCUGACGAUGGCCACACACUUUUUUCACCGAGCAGGGGAAUCUAACAUUAUUCGCCUGGCCUGUUACCGAAGUAGUCCUGAUACCGAUGCUGAUCUGAGCUUUGGUAGGCUUCCCGUACAUCUGCCAGGAGCUGGAAUAGAUUCAUCUACCUCCUUUCCAGAUGGUACAACCAGUGGAGAAUUUGAUGGACUUAAAUUCACGCAGUUACCUAUCAACAACGUCAAUGCAACAGGGUUAUAUUACUGCGAGGGAUCUAAGGGAGGCCAGACGACGCGGGUGUACAGCAGUAUCUACAGCAACAACGGAUGGUAUUACCCAGGUAGGUGGAAUGCGUUACUACUGACGAAGACAAUCAACACGGGAGAAAAUGCAACUCUGUCUGUGCAAAAUCGCAGAGGGUGGACAAGUCAUGCUUCUUGGCGUCGGAUCAGUGAUGGAGUCGCUACCAAUUUAACUGACUACGAUGGAAUGGGUACAAUCACAAUACCUGCCAGCCAGGCCAAGCACGGAGACGUGUAUGUUGUAUUGAGUUCUCGUUAUUCACUCCGUGACAACAAGUUCAGCCUGUUUAGACUCAUCGUAAGAGGCUGUGUUGCAAGCAAGUGGGGUCCUCCUGCCUGUGACGGUGUGUGUGAUCUGUGCUACAAUGGAGGAGUGUGUGAUGAUGAGACAGGCGAUUGCAUCUGCCCACCAGGAUUCAUGGGACCAAACUGUCUCACAGUUUGCCCAAUUGGCUCUUUCGGCUGGGCUUGCGGGUAUAAAUGUGGGAGUGGUCAGCUUAAUAGCUGCGCUUUUUCCCAGUUUGGACUACCAGAUCCCUUUGGCAUCAGCUGCAUCAACGGCCAUCGUGGAUAUGAAUGCAGAUACUUGUGUUCUUCGGGAAGCUUUGGUGCUGGAUGUCUACAGGAAUGUCACUGCCUUUCAGCUGAUGAAUGUAACCGAUACACAGGAGUGUGUACCAACAGAAGCUGCGCGGAAGGUUGGUCUGGUACAAACUGUCAAAUUCCAGAUACCUGUCCUGUUGGUUAUUAUGGUCUCAACUGCCUGAGUAAAUGCCAUUGUCUAGGCGAUGCAGCAUGUGACAAGUACACCGGAUACUGCAAUGUAGGAUGCGCCCCAGGAUUCACCUGUGUGUCAUGGCAAUGUGAGGCCGGUUACUUUGGUGGAGACUGCAGUAAGGAAUGUCACUGUCUGGAUGACGCAACAUGUGAUCGCAUCACAGGAUUCUGUCCGAGCAAGAAGUGCAUCGCACCAUUUCAGACGGAUGGGACUGGAAUAUGUCAGUCUGUUCCACCUGUUCUAAGCCAGCCCCCUGAGGUAAGAGUGAAAUCUACUUCAGCCAUUGUCACCUGGAAGGCAUGGGGUUCUCAUCCCUUGGAUGCUGGAGAUGGGCCUAUUGUUGGAUACAAAAUCUACCACUCCAACUACUCCAGCAUUUCUUUGACUAGUGCUGACUACAUUUCGGCGAUUUACCAACCUCCAAGUUCUUUCAUCUUCGAUAUCGAAUCGCUGCAACAGUUGACAGUUUAUUACUUCAGCGUGGCCGCGGUGCGUGAGGAGGAAGGAGGAGAAGGCCCAAGGAGCCCUGUCACAACAAUCAGGACUCAACCUCAAGAUACUACCCAAGACCGAGUCCUAGCAUUACCUGAACAUACAACCUGAUCAGGAUGACAACUAGAAUGAAACCUGACGACGAGGAGAGAGAGAGAGAGAGAGAGAGAAAGGGCAAGAGAGAGGGGAGACAGAUGAAGAAAUGCAUACAUCAUUAUACACAUUCAAGAAUCAUAUUGUAUUGCGUAUUUAGCUUUAAGUGUUGAACGAACUAACUUUAAAUAGCUCAUCGCCAACGCCUUUGUAAAUGAAAGCUUUUCAUUUAUGAUAAUAAUGUAAUCUGUGAAAACGCUGCAUUUUGGUGAAUGUCAAGAUUUGAGAAAAUGAACAUCUUAAAUCUGCAUUAGACCUUUUAAAGCAAACUAAUUUGAGCUUGAAUGUUUCGUGUUGUUUUGUUUGUAAAAAAAAAAAUCAAGCCCAGAAAGGUGCUAAUCUUGCUUGAGGAAUGAAAUAGACAUCACAACAUUUACCACGCAAAGAGUUUUCACAGGUCGCAUCGCAUGUAUAGCGAUUAUGACAUUUACUCAGAGAAACAUUUAUUAUUGUUCGUUGUAAUAGGUUUAAGUUACAUAUAAUCCAUUUUUAUAUACAUGUAUUAGUGAACAUUGAAGUGGAUUUAGUUGGCUGUAGCAUGAUAAUGUUGGCAUUUGAAAUUGAGUUGAAGGUAUGGAGAUUUGAAAGAUCGGUUUGUA